AUGAAGAUCACGGCGGGCGGUGGGAAGACGAAGGGUGGCGUCGGUGCUCGCGCGCGGGUCGUCGACGCGCCGGUGGCGUCGAUGGGGGAUGGGUUUGAGGAUUACGACGACGACGCGGAGGCGGAGGACGACGACGUCGUCGGAGAGCGCGCGCUCGAGAUCGCGGAUCAGGGACGAGGGGCGACCGUGAAGAGCGUGGAGUUCGUGCAGGCGUGCGCGAGCUUGGCGGGAUGUCCCAAGCCCACGCUGCCGGAGAUUGCGGUGAUUGGCCGGUCUAACGUGGGGAAGAGCUCGCUCGUGAACAUGCUCACCAAUAGAAAGUCCAUCGCGAAAACGUCGAAGAAUCCGGGGAAGACGCAGACGAUCAAUCACUACAAGAUGAUCACCGGUGCGGGAUCGUAUUACUUGGUCGAUCUUCCGGGGUACGGCUUCGCGAACGCCCCAGAGGCACUGCGCGAGAAGUGGGCCGAGUUCACGCGCGAGUACCUGCUCAAGCGCGAGACGCUCAUCACGGUGAUGCUCCUCAUCGACAGCACGGUGAAGCCGCAGAGAUUAGACUUAGAGUGCCUCGAUUGGCUCGGCGCGGCUGGGAUUCCGGUGACGAUCGUGUUCACAAAGGUGGAUAAGCGCAAGAAGAUCGCCGCGGGUAAGCGCGCGAACCCGCAGGAGACGAUGGAGGAGUUCUGUCGAGAGGCCAUGGAUAACUGGGACUGGGACGAGCUCCCGCCCAUGAUUUACACCUCGAGCGAGACCGCGGAGGGCAAGCGCGAGGUCUUGAACCACAUCGCCUCGCUCCGGCAAUUUUUCAAAAAGCCGCUCAAGGAGGACUUCGUGAAAUCGAUCCAAGGCGACGCCGGCGCGUCCGUCGCCGACGCGAACGUCGUCGAUGACGACGAAAACGACUUUGACGACGACGGUGACGACGACGACGACGACGAAAUAUUCGAAGACUUCGACGACGACGAACCCGAGGACGACUGGAAUAAGUGA